UUAGUUUGCUUCUGUUCCCACUUGAUCUGGUAAGAGCAUCUCUCUCUCUCUCUCUCUCUCUCUCGGAGCUAAGCUAUGAAUGAUGAAUGAUUGCUUUUGGUACUCUGAUCUCUUUCCAUCUUCAACCUCUGAGAUUGAUUGAUUGAUUCCCCCAUCGCUCUACCUUUUCCCGCGUAAGAGCCAUUGAUGUCUACAUGGUUGAAAGAGAGAUGAGUUACACGAUGGUGACGGAUGAGAGUGAUGACGCUAUGUACUCAAGCAUCUACAACGAGUCACCAUCUGCUGCUGAUAACAUUGGCAGUGGCUGCACAAGCAGAGGGAAAGGAAGUGUCCUGAAGAAAGGGCCCUGGACCUCAACGGAAGACGGGAUUUUGAUUGAUUAUGUCAAGAGGCACGGCGAGGGUAACUGGAACACUGUGCAGAAACACACCAGCCUUGCACGUUGUGGCAAAAGCUGUCGUCUCAGGUGGGCUAAUCAUCUCAGGCCGAACUUGAAGAAAGGAGCGUUUAGCAAAGAGGAAGAACAGCUUAUCGUCGAAAUGCACGCUAGGAUGGGCAAUAAAUGGGCACAGAUGGCUGAACAUUUGCCUGGGAGAACAGAUAAUGAGAUAAAGAAUUAUUGGAACACGCGUAUCAAGAGGCGGCAACGAGCAGGCUUACCACUUUACCCUCCUGGAACCCAUGUUGAAGACCUGCACUGGAGUCAAGAGUAUCAUCCAUCAACGAGUAAUGUCACCGACAGAAGAAGACAUCAAGACAUCUUGCAGUUGGGAAACUCCAAAGCUAAUGUUCUGUUUGACGAUCUAACCUUUGCUAACGUCCUCUUUGAGGAUCUAAAUUUCGCUACUAGCUUGUUACCUGUAGCUUCUGACAUCUCAGAUAUGUUAGGCACUGGUGCAAGUAGCUACAUGUCACCAAUAUUGCCUUCCCACAGUAACAUAAGGCAAGCAUUCCAAUCUCCAGAACAUUUUCAGAACGCUGCUCCACAAAAGAAUCCAAGAUCUUGCAGUAUCUCUGAUCAUCCUUUGUAUGGAAACCAGCAUCGAACCGAUGUGAUGAUUCAAGAUAGCCAUCAUACCUUUACGGAUGGCAUGGUUCCUACUUCUAAGCCCUUGUUUGGGGCGGUGAAGCUGGAGCUCCCUUCAUUCCAAUAUUCAGAAGCUAGUGGAUUUGAUCAGUGGACGACACCGUCAACUCCACAAUCAGAUCUACUGGACUCUGUUGAUACUUAUAUUCAAUCUCCACCACCGUUGGAGAUAGAUGAGCCAGAUUGUUUCUCCUCAUGCGACACCGGCCUGCUAGAUAUGCUGCUUCAUGAAGCCAAGAUCAAAGCUAGUGCAAAGCACAGUUUCAGUUCAACUACUUGUGCAACCGAUGGUACUCAGGAUGUACCACGUGGAGGUGAUACCCAUAAUGUCACAUCAGGUGCAGGUGGAAAUUCAUCAGCUUUUGCAGUUGUGAAGACGGAAGAGUUGGAUCAGGUAUGGGAACCAAAGAGAGCUGAUGUAAUACGGCCUGAUGUUUUACUGGAGUCGAGCUGGCAAGACCAGCAAAGCCGUUUUGGGAUUGUUAGAGACUCAAGCAGCUUGAAUGACGCCCUUGCGCUUCUUCUUGGUGGGUGAAGAGUCAUCAGGUGAAGCACCUGUUUGGUCCUUGUAACAAAAUGAACCACAUGCUAUUUUCAUGCUACUUUGCUACCUUUGAAGACUUUGCGGUUUCUUAUAGUUGAGACAGUAAAACUCUGUUUGAUUUCUAUUAUAAUUGGAAAAACAAAUUAUACUCAAAACAGUACAUAGGAUUAAAAUC